AACACUCCUCAAUUGAACUUGUUUGCGGGUCGAGACGGUUGUCAAUCGAAAAAAAGAAACUUGCAAUGCUUUGGCUAAGAGCAUUUCGUAAUGUUGCGAUAUUGUGCUGUGUGCUGCUGGAUACAAAGCCAUGUUUGGUCACGGCGGAUAUUUUACAACAAAUAGCCCAAAUUGGACUAACAAAUACGCUGGAGCAAAACCUCAGGCCAACAGUUCCCAAAGACAAUGAUGUAUUCGAUUUCAUUGUGGUCGGUGGUGGAACGGCCGGCUGUGUGUUGGCCAAUCGUUUGUCCGAGAAUCCCAACUGGAGUGUGGCCCUGCUUGAAGCCGGUGGUACGGAGAAUAUUAUCAAUGUCAUACCCGCCAUGGCGGCCUAUUUACAGGUCACGGCCACAACAUGGAAUUUUCCAGCAGUUCCGCAAAAAGAUUCCUGCAAGGGUAUGUUCAACAAUGUGUGCUUCCAUCCCAGGGGACGUAUCCUGGGCGGAACUAGCAGCAUAAAUUUCAUGAUUUUUAUACGUGGCAAUCGUCGAGAUUUUGAUAGUUGGGCAGCGGCCGGCAACACCGGUUGGUCUUAUGAUGAGGUGUUACCCUAUUUCAGGAAAAUGGAAAAUGCCGUGCUGGAUGGCUUGGAACAGACGCAAUAUCGCAAUCGUUCGGGACCCUUAAAUGUGGAACAUGUCAAGUAUCGCACACCAAGUGCACAUGCCUUUGUGCGGGGCUCAGAGGAGGCAGGUUUGCCUCAAACCGAUUACAAUGGAGCCUCCCAAAUCGGUGUGGCCUAUGUCCAGGCCUCCACGCGCCAGGGGAGAAGGCAUAGCGCCUAUCGGGCCUACAUAGAACCGAUUAUGUUUAGGCGCAAGAAUUUGAAAAUUUUCACCUAUUCUAGGGUUACAAAGGUUCUCAUCGACCCGGCAACCAAGGCAGCCUAUGGAGUGGAGUUUUUAUAUCGCAAACGUCUGUUUCAAUUCAAGGCCCGCAAAGAGGUUAUACUCUCGGCCGGUUCGUUUAUAUCACCCCAACUGCUAAUGCUGUCGGGUAUUGGUCCAGCUGAUAAUCUCAACCGAAUUGGUGUGGAUAUCCUACAAGAACUGCCGGUGGGAGUGCGCAUGUAUGAACAUGUCUCUCACUUUGGACCCACCUUCAUUACGAACACCAGCCGCCAAUGGAUAUCCACAAAUUUGGUUGCCACUCUGCCAAAUGGUUUGGCAUUUCUGGCCGGACGACCAGAUACCCCAAUCUCAUCAUUGGCCGGUGUGGAAGCCUUGGCAUUUCUAAAGGCCCCAUUUUCACCUCUACCCCCAGAUUGGCCAGAUGUGGAGUUGAUAUUUGCCAGCGGCAGCCUGGCCUCGGAUCAGGGUACAGCCCUCAAACCGGGGGCCAAUUUCAAAAAUGAAAUCUACGACCAAAUGUAUCGUCAAUUGGAGAAUCAGGAUCAUUAUACGAUCCUUGUAAUGCCCUAUCAUCCCAAAUCUGUAGGACGUUUGUGGUUGAAGGACAAAAACCCCCUGGCCAGGCCAAUGAUAGAUCCCAAUUAUUUUGCCGUUGCCGAAGAUGUGGAAUAUAUGCUGCAUGGCAUCAAGGAAUCCAUACGGAUCGCCCAGAGUCCAGCCUUGCAGAAAAUUGGCGCCCAACUGCUAAGGGCCCCAGUGCCGGGAUGUGAGUCGUUGGAGUUUGCCUCCGAUGAUUAUUGGCGUUGUUCGAUACGUACCCUUACCUAUACGCUGCAUCAUCAGGUGGCCACAACGCGCAUGGGCCCGGCCACAGAUCCUACGGCUGUGGUCAGCCCCCAGCUGAAGGUACAUGGUGUACGAAAGUUAAGGGUUGUGGAUGGUGGCAUCAUUCCCUCGCCACCCACCGCCCAUACAAAUGCUGUGAUUUUCAUGAUUGCUGAGAAAGCGGCGGAUAUGAUACGCGGCGAAUGGGAGGAGGGGAAAUAAAUAAAAGGCUGAA